AUGGAACAAAAUAUUCAACAACAAUAUAUGGAUGAAUUUAAUAAUCUUGAAGAAAUUAUAUAUGAAUAUGAGAAUUUUAUUGAUAAGUUGAAUAUUGGUUACGAUAAUGAAGUAGUUAAAAUUCGAAAUGAAUAUGAUGAAAAAAUAGAACAGUUAAAUGAAAGAUUGAAAUUAAAUGUAAAAAAAAAUGAUAAUGAAGAUCUUAAUAAUGUUCAAAAUGAAUACGAGGAUCAAAUUAAUGAAAAAAAUGAAAAAAUUGAACAGUUUGAGAACGAGGUUAAAAUUCAUAGGUUGGAAUUAGAUGUUAAACAAAAAGAAAUUUAUAAAUUGGAGAAUCAGAUUGAUAAAUUGAAUAUUGAUCAUAAUGAAGAGGUAGUUAAAAUUCGAAAUGAAAUUAGUGUUUUACAAAAAGAAAAUAAUGAAGAAAUAAAACAAUUAAAAGAUCAAAUUGAUAAAUUAUUGGCAGGCGAACAAGAUGAUGCAUUUUCUAUUGGUAAGCUUGAAAAAGAAAGAGAUGGUUUACAAAAAAAAAUCGAAAAUAUUACUAAAGAAAUAGUUUUAAGUUAUGUAUCUAAAUUUGAAAAUCAAUCAAAAAAAGAUUUUUAUCUUUAUUUUUAUUAUAAUCAUAAUGGUUUUCCAAUCAAAUGUAUGGGUUGUAUAAAACAUAUUUGUUUAUUUAAUCACGGUGAUUAUUUUCAUGUUAAAGAUUGUGAAAAAGGUGGUAAUUGUAAAGAUAAAAAAUGUUUAGAUUCACAUAAAAAGUGUAAAUGGGGUGAUAAUUGUUAUAAUAAUAAUUGUAAUGUUAUUGUACAAAUUUCAUUAACAUCAUCAUUACCAAAAUUGUAUACUUGUAAACGAUUUGAUCGUGAUGGUAAUUGUUGUAAAUAUGUUAAAAUUUUGAAUAAAAAAUCUGGAGGUCAAACAAAAUGGUUUAAAAAAGGAAUUUUUUUAAAAGAAGGUAAUGAAUAUAAAUCAGUUCAUAAGAAACCUACAAUAAAUAAAGGAAAAGGUUGUUGUAAUAAUAUUAUUAAAAAAAAUAAACGAACUAAAAAAAGUAAACGUAAUAAUUGUGUUAUUAAAAAAAAGAAAACGUGUAAAAGUUAUUGUAAUGAAACACCCGUUAAAAAUGUUUUAAUUGAUAAUUGGAUUAUAGAUGAUGAAGAUUUAAAUGAUGAAAUUAGAGACGAGAUCAGAAAUCUUGCAACUCAACCUUUAACUGUUAAAGAUACUAAUGUAAAUGGUCGAUAUUUUUUAGAGAUUGUAGGGAUAUUAGAAAAUUCAGAUAAAAUAAAAAUAGUUCUUCAUGAUAUAGAUGUAUUUUUUGAUGUUGAAAUUAAUAAUAAAGAUGAAUUACAAGAUAUUUUAUCGUUGUUAUAUGUUGAAAAACAUAAAGAAUUUAAAAAAAUUGAAGCUUGGGAUAUAGAAACAUGGAGUGGACGUGGUUUGGGUGGUCUCCCAUUAGGAAAAUAUAAAGAAGAUGAAGAAGGUUCAAUUGAACCUUUUAAAAAAAUAUCCAUUACUAUUCAAGAUAAUGAUCUUGAAGAAGAUUGGUUAGUUUAUGUUGUUAAAGAUCAAAAGCAAUUGAUAUUAACUUUUGGAGAAAUUAUUGAUAGUAUUCAACCGGAUUUUGAAAUAGGUUUUAAUCAUUUUCAUUAUGAUUGGCCUUUUUUGAUUGAAAAAAUGGAAGAAUAUAAAAUUUUUGUUAAAUUUAAUGAAAUUUUGACAGAAAUUAUUGCUGAAAUUGAUAAAAUUAAAAAAUUUAGUAUUGUAAAUAAUAAAAAUCAAAAUCAAAAUAAUAGUUAUUCAGGUAUCAAGAUUAAUGCUAAUGAAUAUAUAGAUUAUGAAUAUUUUAAAAUUUUGGGAUGUAUUUCAUUAGAUAUGAGAGUAGCUUUGAAAAAAAUGAUGUCACCAAAAAAACUAGAACAAAGUUCAUUACGAUUUUUUCUUGAAAAAUAUCAUUUAACUGAAAAAAUUGAUUUAGAACAUCAUGUUUUAUGGAAAUAUUAUAGUGAUUCAAAAAAUGAAAUUACUAAUGAAAAAGAAUCAUUAGAAAAUAUGAAAAUAAUUUUAGAAUAUUGUGUUAAUGACGCGUUAAGUUGUCAACGAUUGUUAGUGAAAAAUGAUUUAAUUAAUAAUUACAAAGAAAUAUCUGAUGUUGCUUAUGUAUCAUUACAAGAUUCGUAUAUGUAUGCUAUUAACAUGAAGGUUCAGAAUUUACUAUGUGCAUAUGCAUUUGAUUCAAAUAUUUUAGUUAGCUCAAUUAAAAAAGGUAAAGAAGAGGAGGAGAAAUUUCCAAGAGCUGUUGUAUUUUGGCCGAUUAAAGGAUUAAAUAAUAAGAGACCAAUAACUGGAUUAGAUUUUGCUUCAUUAGGAAUUGAUCAAAAAAAACAACAUGUUUCGUUACUUUUAAAAAAUAUAGGAGAAGAAAUCAUGGACACAUGUUUAAGUGUUUAUAAUGAAGAUGAACCAAUUGAUGUAGUUAAAAAAAUAUUAAUAUCAAAAAUUCAAAAUUAUAAAAACAUUGAUAAAAAGAAUUUUUUGUUAUCAGCUGCAUGGAAGAAAGAUGUUAAUAACGUAACAGUUAAAAAAUUUAUUGAACGAUUACAAGAACGAGGAGAUGGUGAUAAAAUUGUACCUGGUGAAAGAUUUAAAUAUGUAAUAGUUAUAACUGAUGAAGAACGAAAUACGACUCGUAAGAACUUUUGUGAUAAAAUCAGUAAUAAAAUGGAAUUAUUGGAUUAUGUUAUUGAAAAUAAUUUAGAAAUAGAUAUUGUUUAUUAUUUAGACAGUGUUGUUAAUAUUUGUGCGAGAUAUAUUAGUUAUUAUGAACAAUUUCAACCAGAUGAAAAUCAUGAUAUUUGGAAUAUUGAAGACGAAGAUGAAAAAAUGUCAUAA